CAUAAACAUAUCAAAAACGAAUUGCAUCGCCACUGCAUCCGCCGCUCAGGGCGGAAACCUAAGUAAACGCCGGUGACCAGAAGAGCUACAAUCACAUCCUUCCACCAAUGAAACUUUCACAAUAGAAACCAAAUCAAGCCUUUCACAAUCCAUCCGAUUAUAAAAACCCAAUUUUGAGUCUAAAACAUCAAAAUUCAGAAAAAGUAGAAGGAUGAAUGAAUCUUCUAUCACACUGAAAUGAAAAUAAUUUUGCAGUUUUUAAAGUUGAAUGGACACAAGAAAACUAAUACCCCUUUUAAGGGCUUGUGUGAAUUCCAAGUCACUGAAGCAAGGCAAGCUCAUCCAUCACAAAGUUGUAACUUUUGGUUUGCAGAAUGAUAUUUUUGUGAGCAAGAACUUGAUUAACUUAUAUGUUUCCUGCCAUUUGCUUGAUUAUGCACAGAGUGUGUUUGAUGCCGUUGAAAACCCUUGCGAGAUAUCUUUAUGGAAUGGCCUUAUGGCAGGUUACACUAAGAAUUACAUGUAUGUGGAAGCCUUAGGACUUUUUGAUAAGUUGAUGUGUUUUCCUUAUCUGAAACCUGAUAGUUAUACUUACCCUAGUGUUCUUAAAGCCUGCGGCGGGCUUUGUAGAGUUGUCUUGGGUCAAAUGGUACAUACUUGUUUGAUAAAAACUGGUUUGAUGGUGGAUAUUGUAGUUGGAAGUUCUCUUGUGGGUAUGUACGCCAAAUGUAAUUUGUUUGAGUAUGCUAUACAACUGUUUGAUGAAAUGCCUGAUAAGGAUGUGGCGUGCUGGAAUACGGUUAUUUCUUGUUAUUAUCAAAGCGGGAAGUUUGAUGAAGCUCUAAGAUACUUUGGCAUGAUGAGAAGAUAUGGAUUUGAGCCGGAUUCGGUUACAAUCACAACUGCUAUUUCAUCGUGUGCUAGGCUUUUUGAUUUGGAAAGAGGGAGGGAAAUUCAUAUGGAGUUGAUUAAUAGUGGGUUUCAGCUGGACUCUUUUGUUAGCUCUGCUCUUGUUGACAUGUAUGGAAAAUGCGGUCACUUAGAAAUGGCUAUAGAAGUUUUUGAGCAAAUGCCUAAAAAGUCUGUUGUUGCUUGGAAUUCCAUGAUUGCGGGAUAUGGUUUCAAAGGUGACUGCUUUUCAUGCAUUCAACUUUUUAAGAGAAUGUACAAUGAAGGAGUCAAACCCACUUUGACUACUUUGAGCAGUAUAAUAAUGGCUUCUUCACGAUCAGUGCAACUACUAGAGGGAAAGUUUGUUCAUGGAUAUAUAAUACGCAACAGAAUACAACCUGAUAUUUUUAUUAACAGCUCCCUCAUGGAUCUAUACUUCAAAUGUGGAAAGGUUGAGUCAGCUGAAAACAUCUUUAAAUUGAUACCGAAGACAACGACGGUUUCUUGGAAUGUUAUGAUUUCUGGAUAUGUAACCAAAGGGAAACUUUUUGAAGCACUUGGCCUCUUCAGUGAAAUGAGACAAUCAUCUGUUGAACCAGAUGCUAUUACUUUCACCAGUGUUUUAGCAGCUUGUUCGCAACUAGCAGCACUAGAAAAGGGUAGAGAGAUCCACAAUCUGAUUGUUGAGAGAAAUUUGGGAAACAAUGAAGUGGUUAUGGGGGCUCUCCUUGAUAUGUAUGCAAAGUGUGGUGCUGUAGAUGAAGCAUUUGGUGUUUUCAAAUGUUUGCCAGAAAGAGAUCUGGUGUCCUGGACUUCCAUGAUUACCGCUUAUGGGUCUCAUGGUCGGGUCUAUGAAGCUUUGGAGCUUUUUGCUAAAAUGCUGCUGUCAAAUGUGAAACCCGAUAGAGUUACUUUUCUUGCCAUAUUGUCUGCAUGUAGCCAUGCUGGAUUGGUUGAUGAUGGAUUAUAUCAUUUCAAUCAAAUGAUCAAUGUUUAUGGUAUUGCGGCUAGAGUUGAGCAUUAUUCAUGCUUGAUUGCUCUUCUUGGACGUGCUGGAAGAUUGCACGAAGCAUAUGAGGUUCUACAAAGAAACCCUGAAAUCAGGGAUGAUGUUCAGCUGUUAAGCACCUUAUUUUCUGCAUGCCGUUUACACAGAAAUCUUGACUUAGGGGUUGAAAUUGCAGGAAAGCUUAUUGACAAGGAUCCUGAUGAUUCAUCAACAUAUAUUAUCUUAUCGAAUAUAUAUGCUUCUUUCGGUAAAUGGGAUGAGGUACGGACGGUGCGAUCAAAGAUGAAAGAGCUUGGAUUAAAGAAGAACCCGGGGUGUAGUUGGAUUGAGAUUAACCAGAAGAUCGUGCCUUUCUUUGUUGAAGACAAUUCAAACUAUCACGUAGAAGUGAUUAAUAAGUGCCUUUCAUAUCUCACUAGUCACAUGGAAGAUGAGUGUAAACCAAUUUAUCUAUCACAUUGAUGUUAAAAAGCACAACAACUUUACUAUCUCAAUUGAGCAAAACAGGAUAAGAUUUAGAAGAUGGGCAUGAUGAGGAUCUUGAGACAAUGAUUUUUGGUGUGUGCAUUCAUCAAGGGUUAUCCGCUCAAUGGAUGAUUGAAUUGAGGCUAUCAUUCAUAACAUGUGGAAGAGAAUGCACUUCAUUCAUAACAUAUGAUAUGUUCAUUCAUCAUAUAUGAAUUUGUUUUUCUAAAAGAGCAGGUGUGUCUACUCAUUCAAAUACAUGCACAGACAGCACUUGACAUAAAGACUUUCUCAGUCUAUAUCGUCUAUCUGGUACAAAUGCAAUUGCUAAACAGAAGUUUGAACCAUAGCUGUA